GUGUUAGGUAAAUUUUUACUUCAAAAUGGGUGAAGUAAAGGGACCAACACAGGAGGAUGCCAAGGCACACACAGCUUCAGAUAGCUUGUCUAUCCCCAUUGAAACUCUCCUCCAGUGUGAUGAUUUAACUAAGCUUCCAUUAUUGUACCCCAAAACAGUUGUGGAGUGUGUCAGGGAACGUUACUUGAAGCAGCAGUUCUACACGUGGGCGGGACCAACCUUGGUGGCUGUAAAUCCUUGCACAGAAUAUCCUGUCUUGUACAACCAGACGCAGCUACAACACUUCCACAAUGCAGUGCAGAGUGGGAGCGGAAGCAUUGCUCCGCACGUGUAUGCGGUUGCCGGCAUGUCGGAGCACAGAUGCUCAGCAGCGCUGGGGCGCGUCAACCAGGCUGUGCUGGUGUCUGGGGAGAGUGGUGCUGGCAAGACUGAAUCAGCACGGUUCAUGCUCAAGUAUUUGUGCUAUGUUGAAGACAGCAAAAAAGCACAUGGCAGGUCUGGUGAUGGUAACAUUGGAGUUAUACGCCACACUCAGUCGAAAGUACUCGCCAGCAACCCUCUGCUGGAGGCUUUUGGCAAUGCUGCUACACUGCACAACCAUAACUCCAGCAGGUUUGGCAAGUUGCUACGCCUGCAGUAUGGCGGCACAGAAUUGAAAGGUGCCGUCAUCGACACCUACCUUCUGGAGAAGACUCGGGUUACUCAUCAGCCUCAGGGAGAACGCAACUUCCAUAUAUUCCAUCAGGUUUUAUCAGGACUGCAGCGCGGCCGGCUUGAUGCCCUAGGGCAGAUUGUGGAGACUGGUUCUGAGGAGACUGGUUCUAUGGAGACUGGUUCUGAGGAGACUGGUUCUAUGGAGACUGGUUCUGUGGAGACUGCUACUAUGGAGACUGGUUCUGUGGAGACUGCUACUAUGGAGACUGGUUCUGUGGAGACUGCUACUAUGGAGACUGGUUCUGUGGAGACUGGUACUAUGGAGACUGGUUCUGUGGAGACUGGUACUAUGGAGACUGGUUCUGUGGAGGCGUGCUGCGUUGAGGGCUUCCCCAUCUGCGGGGACUGGGGCGAGCGUGACGAGCGCGGCCUCAGAGACACGCUCGCUGCCAUGCAGCUCCUCGAGUUCUCUGAGCAUCAACCUGGACCCUGGCCUCUCAACCUGGACCCUGGUCUCUCAACCUGGACCUUGGUGCUGCUGGAGGAAGGGAUCCUGCUGGACGAACGAAGCUUCAGGGACAACUCGGGCUGUGUUGAGGCGCUGCACUCACCUGUGUCUGUCUUCACUGUGCUUAAUGAGGAGUGUCAGCUGCAGAAGGCUGUUGACGAAGUGGCUGCGUGUGAACGAGUCUGCCGAGCUCUACAGAACUCAGAGUUCGUUGAGAGCCCCAGCUCACGCCGGGGCCGCAAAGCAGGAGGUGGAGGUGGCGUGGUGUGUGAAGGCUUCGAGUGUCAGCUGCAGAAGGCUGUUGACGAAGUGGCUGCGUGUGAACGAGUCUGCCGAGCUCUACAGAACUCGGAGUUCGUAGAGAGCCCCAGCUCGCGCCGGGGGCGCAAGGCAGGAGGUGGAGGUGGCGUGGUGUGUGAAGGCUUCGUGGUUCGUCACUACGCCGCCCCUGUGCUCUACUCCCCCCACGGGCUCCUUACUAAGAACAAGGACCUGGUGCCUGCCGAGGUCGUUUCCCUGCUGGGGCAGAGCUCGGAGGUCUUUGUGGCGUCCAUCGUGGAGGGCCACGCUAGUGUGACCGACGCUGCUGGGGGCUCUGUACCACCAACCCUCAAGGUUGGUGGCCGGUGGGGCAGCUCCCCCAGUCUCUCGAGCAGCUCAGAGGCCACCACGCCAGGGCCGCCCUACAACACGUCCUCCCUCAGGCGCCCCUCCAACCCUCACACCCCUUCCACCCCUCACACCCCUCAACAAACGGUGUCGCCCUCGACCGGGUCGCUGAGACGCGCCCCUCGGAAGGUCACGACGCUGUCCAAGUUCAGGAGCUCCCUGGACGCCCUCCUGCGCACGCUGGCCCUCUGCGACCUGCACUACGUCAGAUGUGUCAAGCCCAACCAGCCCGCCCUACCAGGUGUGUCAAGCCCAACCAGCCCGCCCUACCAGGUGUGUCAAGCCCAACCAGCCCGCCCUACCAGGUGUGUCAAGCCCAACCAGCCCGCCCUACCAGGUGUGUCAAGCCCAACCAGCCCGCCCUACCAGGUGUGUCAAGCCCAACCAGCCCGCCCUACCAGGUGUGUCAAGCCCAACCAGCCCGCCCUACCAGGUGUGUCAAGCCCAACCAGCCCGCCCUACCAGGUGUGUCAAGCCCAACCAGCCCGCNAUAUAGAGCACAGCCACAGUGAUAGUGCAGUGCAGGCUACCCCGUCAGGUGAUAGUGCAGAGCAGGCUACCCCGUCAGGUGAUGGUGCAGGCUACCCCGUCAGGAUGUUGUUUGAGGACUUCUGGGGGCGGUACGGCCAGCCUGCCCCUCCUGCUGGGGGAGCUAACGCUGCUGGAGACGCCCCUGCUGCUAGGGGCGCUUCUGUUGCUGGGGGCGCUAACGCCCAACAGGUGCAGGCAUUCCUGUUGCUGCAUCUCCCGUCAACAGACGCUCAGUCACAGGAUCAGAGCUACAGGGUGGGCAGGCGGCGGGUGUUCCUGUCGGAGCCUGGCUUUCGCCGCCUCGAGCAACUCAGGGAGAACAGGCGAGCCGCCGCCGCCUGCCUCAUACAAGCGAACUGGAAGAUGGUGCGCUGUGUACGCGCGUACCAGCGCGUGCGACAUGCGGCCCAAACCAUCACGCGUCACGUGGUCGCGUGGCUCACGCGCCGGCGUUUCCAGCGCCAGCGCAGGGCGGCGGUAACGUUACAGAGCCACGAGAGGAUGAGACAAGCAAGGCUCAAGUACAAGGAAACCUUGAGACGCGUUAUCUUGCUUCAGAGUCUCGCGAGACGCUGGAUUGCAACCAAGAAACUAAAUGCCAUACGUGCGUCGCGGGUUUGUAUGUCCAACAGCAUUCAGUCUCUUGCGAGUUUUGGCUAUCAGACAGCGCCCCAGUCACAAUACAGCAUCCUGUCUCCCGAGUCCCUGCAACACUCGAGUAUUUUCAACUCGGCCUCAUUAUCUAUGUCUAGUUUCGACCCUGUAACUUCACGUGGACUUCCCUCACCGUCUCGUGUACGAUCUCCUGAAGGUGCGAGGUCUUUUUCUGUGUCGCCAGCGUCAGGUGUAGCACGGCCAGGCAGGCGCUCCAUCAUGGAAACGGAGGAAUCUGGUAUAGAAACUGACACCGAGAGCCUUAGUGGCCAGAAGGAACUCACUGACAACGAUGAGCAAACGCGCGUUCGAAGGAAACGGGCUCGGCUGCACAGUCUUACUUCACAAAACUUGUUCUCGCAAGAUAAACCUACAUUGGAUUCACCAAUGUCAUUACCAAAAGAUGAAUUCUCUAAAGAACGAAGCCCUAACUCAAGAAAUGACAAGACAGCAGCUGGUAAUACAGCGGCAGAUAUUGAUGACAAUUGUGUUCGUAGGACCUCAAUUACGAGACAACCAUCACUGCCUGCAGAACUGGAAUCUGACGACGUUGCUCCGUACGUCACGACGAGGAGAAGGAAGCGUAAGUCUACACCGUCUCUCGUCAACGCAAAUUUAGUGAAGAUAUUCCACGCCGAUCAGAUGAUGCCCGUCUUGUCGCGCUUCUCGUCCAAUACUCGCAUGCAGUUUGUGGUGGUGCGCGACCAACGAGAUUUCUUCUUCAGAGACGGCAUCUUAUCAUGCCGCAGAAUUCCUAGCUACAAGUCAAUCUCACCUGAUAUCAAAAUAACAUUCGGUUGA